GCGGCCCCAGAAGGGCGGGGGCGCCGGGGCGCGCUCGCGGCUGCGGGAAGGGGGGAGCGAAGGGAGCGCGCCCGCCGCCGCCGCCCUGCUCGGGAGAGGCAGGAGUGAGGCUGUGCGAAGCGCCGCAUUUCAAUGAGGACGGAGCGCGGCUCAGCCCUGCUCUAGCGGCUGCCGCCCAGACGCCCGCGCCCCGCAGCUGCUGCAGCCCGCCCGGCCCCGCCGUCUCCCCGCAGCCCCGGCCCGCAGCAGGAGGCGACCCCCGCGCCGCACGAAGACCCCCGCCCGGGCAGCCUCUCUCCGCCGACCGGUUCAACUUUGACUCCAUCAUGUCGUUUGGCAGAGACAUGGAGCUGGAGCACUUUGAUGAGCGGGAUAAGGCCCAGAGAUACAGCAGAGGGUCGCGGGUGAACGGGCUGCCCAGUCCCACACACAGCGCCCACUGCAGCUUUUACCGAACCCGCACUCUGCAGACCCUCAGCUCCGAGAAGAAGGCCAAGAAAGUUCGAUUCUAUCGCAAUGGAGAUCGGUACUUCAAAGGGAUUGUCUACGCCAUCUCCCCAGACCGCUUCCGAUCUUUUGAGGCCCUGCUGGCUGAUUUGACCCGAACUCUGUCAGAUAAUGUGAAUUUGCCCCAGGGAGUGAGAACAAUCUACACCAUUGAUGGGCUCAAGAAGAUUUCCAGCCUGGACCAACUGGUGGAAGGAGAGAGUUACGUGUGUGGCUCAAUCGAGCCAUUCAAGAAAUUGGAGUACACCAAGAAUGUGAACCCCAAUUGGUCAGUGAAUGUCAAGACCACCUCUGCUUCUCGGGCUGUGUCCUCCCUGGCCACUGCGAAAGGGAGCCCUUCGGAGGUAAGGGAGAAUAAGGAUUUCAUUCGACCCAAGCUGGUCACCAUCAUCAGAAGCGGGGUGAAGCCGCGCAAAGCUGUUCGAAUUCUGCUGAACAAGAAAACUGCUCACUCCUUCGAGCAGGUUCUCACUGACAUAACUGAUGCCAUCAAGCUGGAUUCGGGAGUGGUGAAACGCCUGUACACUCUGGAUGGGAAGCAGGUGAUGUGCCUUCAGGACUUUUUUGGUGACGAUGACAUUUUUAUUGCAUGUGGACCGGAGAAGUUCCGUUACCAGGAUGAUUUCUUGCUAGAUGAAAGUGAAUGUCGAGUGGUGAAGUCUACUUCUUACACCAAAAUAGCAUCAUCCUCCCGUAGGAGCACCACCAAGAGUCCGGGGCCUUCCAGGCGCAGCAAAUCCCCUGCUUCAACCAGCUCAGUUAAUGGAACCCCUGGCAGUCAGCUUUCUACUCCGCGCUCCGGCAAGUCGCCCAGCCCGUCACCCACCAGCCCUGGGAGCCUGCGGAAGCAGAGGAGCUCUCAGCAUGGUGGCUCCUCGACUUCUCUUGCAUCCACCAAAGUCUGCAGCUCUAUGGAUGAGAAUGAUGGACCUGGAGAAGGUGAAGUGUCGGAGGAAGGCUUCCAGAUUCCAGCCACAAUAACAGAACGAUAUAAAGUUGGAAGGACAAUAGGAGAUGGAAAUUUUGCUGUUGUCAAGGAAUGUGUGGAAAGGUCGACAGCUAGAGAAUAUGCUUUGAAAAUUAUCAAGAAAAGCAAAUGUCGAGGCAAAGAGCACAUGAUCCAGAAUGAGGUGUCUAUCUUAAGAAGAGUGAAACAUCCUAAUAUUGUUCUUCUGAUUGAAGAGAUGGAUGUGCCCACUGAGCUGUAUCUUGUCAUGGAAUUAGUAAAGGGAGGAGACCUCUUUGAUGCCAUUACUUCCACUAACAAAUACACCGAGCGAGAUGCCAGUGGGAUGCUCUACAACCUGGCCAGCGCCAUCAAAUACCUGCACAGCUUGAACAUUGUCCACCGAGACAUCAAACCAGAGAACCUGCUGGUAUAUGAACACCAAGAUGGCAGCAAAUCGCUAAAGCUGGGUGACUUUGGACUGGCCACUAUUGUAGACGGUCCUCUAUACACAGUCUGUGGUACUCCCACAUACGUGGCUCCAGAAAUCAUUGCAGAGACUGGAUAUGGCCUCAAGGUGGACAUCUGGGCAGCUGGGGUAAUCACUUACAUCCUGCUGUGUGGUUUCCCUCCGUUCCGUGGAAGUGGUGAUGACCAGGAGGUGCUCUUUGAUCAGAUUUUGAUGGGACAAGUGGAUUUUCCUUCUCCGUACUGGGAUAAUGUUUCUGAUUCUGCAAAGGAGCUCAUCACCAUGAUGCUGUUAGUCAAUGUUGAUCAGCGAUUUUCGGCUAUGCAGGUCCUUGAACAUCCUUGGGUUAAUGACGACGGCCUCCCAGAAAAUGAACAUCAGCUGUCUGUUGCUGGAAAGAUAAAGAAGCAUUUCAACACAGGCCCCAAGCUGAACAGCACGGCAGCUGGAGUUUCUGUCAUAGCAACCACCGCUCUUGAUAAGGAGAGGCAGGUUUUCCGACGAAGACGCGACCAGGAUGUGAGGAGCUGGUACAAGGCACAGCCCGCUCCGCCCGAACUCAACUCGGAAUCAGAAGACUACUCCCCAAGCUCCUCCGAGACUGUUCGCUCCCCCAACUCGCCCUUUUAAUAACACCCUUUGACUCAAAGUUCUAGCUUAACCCUUUGAGACUCUGAGAUUUUCCCCCCAAAUUUAUGUCAAACCAGUUUCAUCUGAUCCAUCUAGCACUGAACUGCUUGAAUGGAACCACAGAAAGUGUGUUUUCUGGUAUCUUUGUAGCAAUUCCCUUUUGCUGACUGAGAUGAUCUGUUGUUUGUGAGGAUGGCUACUUGCUGCUAACAGGGUCCUCAAAGGGUUAAGGCUAACUUUGCAACGUUUUUUAAGCAUAGAAACAAUGAAUGUUUUCAUCCCUCAAGCUAAGAUCUGCAGUUUGUAAUAUAUAGCGCGGUUAACCCUCUGAGUGCAUAGAACUGUCUGGAGAACCCUUGGGGAGUGUGCCCGGCUUUUGGAGGUAUAUGCAUAUGUGUCUUGAUUUUGCUGCAGAUCAAGGAAUGCUCUUAGAUGCUGAGAUGUCCAGACAAGAAGGGCAUCUAGAAAUACUUCUCGCUUGUUCAUUGUGUGUGUGUGUGUGUGGUGGUGGUGGUUAGAACAUGACAGGUUUAUGACUUAGGCCUAGCACCCCUCUUUCUUCUUCACAAUCCUCUUACAAAAGCGACUUUUAAACUUAGAGGGCUGACUGUCAGCUGCCGUGAGCCCUGCAUCCCAGGCCAGGAAACAGGGUUUGGGGCAAACAGCCUAACACAGGAAA